GACCAAUCUGAAAGCCUUCUAUGAUGGCAAGGCAGGAUGGGUUGACAAGGGGAGAGCAGUGGAUGGUGUCUUCCUCAGCUUCAUCAAGGCUUUUGAUACAGUCUCCCGCAACAUCCUCGAAGCCAGGAGGGCCAGUGGGAACCUGGGGGUCAUUGGGAAGACUGUGACCAGGAGGUCAAGGGAGGUCAUCCUGCCCUUCCACUUGUCCCUGGUAGCUUUGGAUGGCUGUGAAGGCAGCUCUCAGAGGGAAGCCAUGGACAAUCUGAUCAGGAAGGUGGAUGAAGAGAAAACCCUGGAAGUGGAUCUUCUGGAGGCUGUGAAAGCAUCCUUCCCUGGACUCCAGCUUCUGCCAGACAACUUGGUGGCAAGAGCAAACGUCUCUGAUGGUAAAGGCAAAUGGAGCCCAGAGGAUUAUAGGGCCAAAGUGUUGUGACAAUACCGAGAGAGCUUUGUGGAGCUCCUGACAGACGCUGAGGUGCUGCUGCAGGGUAUCUCUGCUGCAUGGAGUGGUGGUUUCACCUGCCUUGUGUUGGCAGUGUUGGAGCAGCAGUCCUUGUCUGUCUCUGCUGUUUGGCAGCUGCUGAUGGCUGUGCAGGAAUCUGCAUCCCUGAAACUGUUCAUGAAGUAUAUCUAGAAACAACCCAGCUCAGAAGUUUUCUUCCUCACAAUGGCUAUCAGUGAGAACACAGCCAUUGAGAUCAUCCUGUGGCAUCACAAGCUGAUGCAAGCCAUCCAGCAAAGAGAGGACCUGAAGGGCUUGGCUCUGGGGUAGGCAGGGCUCAGGGAAGCAGUGAAAGAGGGAAAACUAUGUCUCUUGAUCGAGGGAAGAAGGCAGAAACCUGGGAUCAGGAGGUGGAAGGUGAACAGUGAAUCCCAGUUUGAAGUUCUGGACAAAGAUGAGGGCAAGGCAGAAGGUGCUAGUGCCAAAGAAGCAAAGGAAUCCCAGGACAAAGCUUCUUCCAAGAAGAGUUUUGUCUGCAAAGCCUGUUGCAAAGCCUGUGAUAAAGUCUUUCACUUCUACUGCCGCCUGAAGGUGCACAUGAAAUGCUCUCAGGCCGCCAGAGGAAAGCAGAUCCCUAAAGAGUGUAGCGAGGUCAAAUCGACAAAGAAUGAGCUGGAGAAGCAUCAGCUGGAUGUCCACGGGAUGGUGGGGAUGGCCAAGAAGAAAAAGAAGAGGCUCCCCAUGGCAUGUGACAUUGGCAGAGAGUUUGCUCAUGCCUCAAUUGUCAGGGCUGUUAUCACUACAGGACCCACUACCCUGAAUAACUAGUCCUCCAAGUUCUCCUCCCUGCAGUGCAGCUGCUGUGACAAAACCUUCACCAGCACUGCUCACCAAAAGCACGUCAAGGCAGAGCACACAGAUGUGAAGUUCCGUGAGUGUGAGUCUUGCAUGGAGCUGGUCCCCACACUGGCUCUCCUGCAGGUUCACGUGAAGUGCAGGCACUCAGGUUCCCAACCGCUGUGCUGCUCGUACUUUCAUGGCCUUCCGCUCCCCGGGGCCCUGCGGAGCCACGUCACCAGCCAGCACUGCGCACCGACAGACAGUGCCUUCAGUGAGCUCUUCCCCUCCCAGGGCAAGCUGGAGGGGCACCUCAGCACUGAGCAUCCCAAGGUGACCUUCUCCCAAGCCACCACUGCCCAGAUUGUGCAGAUAAGGACGACAUUGGAACAAGGAGCAGCAGAGCACAUCAUCUCUUUCAGUGAUGCCAAACUUGUGACAUUGCCCAAAUCCCAAGUGAGCCAAACUGGCUCUGAGGUGGUGACAGUGACUGUGGAGAAUUUGUUUGAUAAAGUCACUCUGAUGUGUGAAGAAAUCACGUGA